ACGUACUGUACUAACAUUUUCAUAUAGUACUUACCAGUGCCCUUGGGUGUUUGGCAAGAAGAGACAUUCCUCGGGGCCGUACAGGUACGGUAGGAACCGAACCUGUGAAUAGUGUCGAAUGACUCUUCCUAUUAAUAUGCCUCCUCGCGAAUUUUCAUGGUUGUUAGCCGAAAAUCGAAAAAAAUUACGGACUCAAAAACUUAAUUAUUUUUAAGAGCGUGUUCCCUGGAGCUCUGUGCAUUGUCUCAAUGCGUGCAGAGAACGAGAUCCCAACACAACGGUGCCUAGUGUGACAUUCACCAAACAAAGACGGCAUUCGGUAUCGGUGCGACCCCAGGUUGCCGUAAUCUCUGUGAAAAAGAGAGGGACUUUGUUCUGUAGGUAGCAAUCAAUUUGAACGCUGCUGUGUUCUGUAGAGAACGAAGACCAAAUCAGCUACUACCUGGUGCCGCGUGCUUCGUUUCCAUCCAAUUAAUCCAAUCCUUGAGGAGGGACGAAGGCCUGCUUGCGAGACCACAGAAGGGGACCCAGGGGAAAAGGGAAAACUAGACAACAAAUUCUCAAACGCGACCUUUUCUUAUAGUACGUUGGCUACAAUCGUCUUUGCCCGUAGGCGGACACGAAACUGAACGAUUGAACACAUACGGGAGCAAAACGAUGGAAGCGAACGUGACAUUCACUAUGGAAGCAACGGGUUGCGAUCCAAGCUGCUGCGUUCGAGAGCUCGUAGUUCUUUAUGAGGGGGAGGAAUUCCGAGAAUAUCUUGAGUACCAUGUUGGUAAUUACCAACGUAUCCACAGAGAUAUUUCCAUCACUUUGCAGGACACGUCCGACAUUCAAUCAAGUCCAUCGGGCAUCGACGAUUUUCGCACUUAUAAUGAUCUACUUUCCGAGGGCGAAAGCCUUCUCGGAUACAUCAACAACAUGACAGAUGCUGGCCAAUGGGACGGAGUUGUUUUUCCGGGUCACAUGGUGGGUGCUCUGAAGGAGUCCCACCGACUCUGGAGUUGGAACGAAUAUUUAUUGCGGGAGCGAGAUGCCAACGAGGCCAUAGACAACAACCCGACGGAUAUCCAAUGGGCAGACAUUCAACCAUUUUAUCGAUCUCAAGCCCAACAAUACGCUGCGACCAACAAUACUCUAACGCCGUCGCCGCCAUCGCUAACACCUCUCCUGAGCAAUCCCGACGAUGCAGACAGAGAGACUUUCUAUGUGCCAUUGGAUGGGGACGUGCUAGCUCUGCUUUAUCGGAAGGAUUUGUUUGAGAAGUAUAAUGUCGAAGUGCCCCGAACCUGGGACGACUACAGGGCGGCGGCGGCAUUUUUUCACGGCAAGCCAUUUGGACCCAACAACACUACGAUGACCGGGAGUUGCGUCAGUCGGAAGAGAAGGCGGUGCGAUGAUGACGGCAGAAGCAUAAAUGCCUACUGGGCAUCGUUAGUUUUAUCCACCAUGACGCAGACCAAAGGAACCUCCACAGGCUUUUUAUUGAAUCCUGAUAAUUUAGAUCCUAUUUUGGGUGAUGCCAUGCAAGAGACCUUGCGAAUAUUGGCAGAACAAUCCAUGUAUGAAGAUCCAAACGAACUGACAGAUUGCGAUCAUGACAUCAACGAUAAUUCUACUUCGGGUGCCGACCAACUCCUCGAAGAAGGCACUUGUGCCAUGGCUUACACUUGGGCCAAUCGAGUCAAAACUUCGGCCAUGGGAACUUACAGCUUCGGGAAUAAUAUUGGAAUAGCUCGCACCCCGGGAUCGGGUCGAGUUCUAGAUCGGGAAACGGGAAGUUUGGAAACUUGCACGUCAAAAUUGUGCCCACAUGGAACUUUCUAUAGCGACAUCAAAAUCGUGAACCAGCCUGUCUAUGCUGCCUUUGGAGGAUGGGUGGCAGGAGUUUCGAACGAUGCUCCUUCUGAGAGCCAACGCGCAAUGGCAUCUUUUUUCUCGUACCUUUCGAACAAGGCACAAUCCUUCCAGGACGCACUGCCGAAUGAACGAUCUGCUUUCUUGAGCCCCUAUCGGUAUUCUCACUUGAGUGCGUAUGAUUGGAUCAAUGCUGGAAUUGACGCAACAACAGCCGUCCAAUAUACUGAAACAGUCAAAAAAGUAAACUCUCAAAAUACAGUAAGCGAGAUACGCAUACCCCCCGGAUCGGAGAUUCGUGACAUCCUCGAUCAAGAAGUAUACCGCUAUCUUACGGCCGGCAGGGGUUUCGAUAAUGCAACCAAGGAUGGUUUUGACACCAUCGAAGAUGCCACAUUGCGUGCAGAAACAACCAACAAUAUGGAUGUUAGGAUACGAGAAGCAAUAUCCAAUUUUGACAAGUCAACUGUUUUGAAUAAUUAUGUAUCUUCGUUGGGAUACUCGAGGAGAUUCGUAGAGGGCAAAUCAAUGAAUUACAUUGAAAAAGCGUAUCGAGAUACUGGGUGGUUCAUAGCAGCUUUGAUUUGCUCAAUGUCCAUCGGCACUAUUGUGUGGUUUCUGUGGAAUCGAAAUAAAUCAAUAAUGCGAGCCUUUCAGCCAUUUCUGAGCAUUCAGGUCGCUGUUGGCCUCUUUCUGAUGGGAGGAACACUCAUACCGCUUGGAUUUGAUGACUCUCUACUCGGCAAAGAAGUUCUCGAUAUAUCUUGUGUUGUCGCGCCUUGGAUCUACAUCCUUGGAUUCUCUAUUUUCUUUUCUGCUGUAUAUUCGAGAAUACGGUGUUGUUUAAAAAUAUUUAACAAUCCUGGGAAGUACGAAAGAAUGAUUGUCAAGCCAAAGGACUCGAUCCAAGUAUUUUGCCAAGUGUUUGCGCUGAAUGGAAUUCUACUUGGACUAUGGACAUUCUUAGAUCCUUUGACGUGGCAAAGAAGAGAGAAGAUGACGAAUGGGCCGGCAUUUCCCUCGUCUGAUGGAACGGUUGAAACUUAUGGAAGUUGUCAGUCAGAGGAUACUAUGUAUCACAGUUUUGGGAUGGCAAUAUUCUUUUACAAUUUGAUUCUUUGCUUGAUAGCCAUGCUACAGGCACUGAAGUGCCGUUUAUUGGUUCUCGAAUAUCACCAAAUGCAAUGGCUUCAAUUAUCUAUUUUGCCCUUCUUUGAGGCAUGGAUAAUAGGUGGUCCAGUUUUGACAUUGUUGUAUGAUCGCCCAACGGCACAAUAUAUAUUGUUCUCGGUUAUCAUCGCAUCGAGCUCGAUCUCUGCUGCCUUAGUUAUCCUAGCCCCCACAGAGUGGUACUUACGAAAGAACAGGCUAUUUGAAAUUGAGAGGCAAAAGAACAACAAACUAAUGCUACCCGGAGAUACUCCCAAGGGGCCGCCUCAAUCGUGUUCAACUGGUGUGAGAGUCCUAAAACACCCAAAGGUAAGAAAAUUAGAUUUGGAAUUGCCUAAUGCUCGCAUCCAUUGAUAGAGGAAUCUCAAAACUAUUUUUCAUUACUCCAGGUUGAAAGUCAGAAGCACGUGAGGAAUCUUCAAAGCAAGCUCGAACGUUACAAAACAUCCAAUACGGAGUUAGCAAUCGAGAUCAGGAUACUACAUGAGAAGUUCCGCAAGUUGACGGAGAAGGAAAAACUGCAUGUGGUAAGGGGCAUGUUUGCAAAAGAAAUUACGGAUUGGCAUAGGUCCCGAAUUGUUCGUACGGCGAAAGGUUUGGAAGAGGAUGAUUGGUUAGGAUUGUCUUCUCAAGAUUUUGGUGAUUCGCAAAUGCCAGCAGAAGAUGGAGAGGAAGAGAAAAGCAAAGUUGAUACUGCUCUUACGAAAGGGCUGAACAUUGACGUAGAUAAUUCAGGUGCUUCAAUCGACGAUGUGUCAUCUUCAUCGAAAGUCUCAGGAAGUAGAGAUAAAUCAUCGCGCUCUCUGAGUUUGCAAGAUAUCUUUGGCGCGAGACAUUCUGAAGAUGCACAGUCUGCCGUCGAUGCAAACCCUCUGUCGAGUACGCAACUUGUAAGCACAGGUUUGAUUGAAGAGAGAAAGAAAGCAAAUGAUGAAAAGAGCAAUUCAACAAUAGCAUCCCAUUCUUAUGGCGCAGAAGAUGUGGAAGAGAAAGAAAGUAGCUACGAGAAUGCCAAAUCUGCAGCCGAUGUAAGGUCUGCUGCCCAUGUAGAGACUAGAUCGAGCACACAACUUUCAAGCACAGGUUUAAUUGAAGAGGAAAACAAAUCAACUGAUGAAAAGAGCAAGUCAACAAUAGGGUCCCGUUCUCAUGGCGACAGUCCCGCAGAAGAUGUGGAAGAGAAAGAAAGUAGCUACGAAAAUAAUAUAUCUGCUGCCCAUGUAGAGACUAGAUCGAGCACACAACUUUCAAGCAAAGGUUUGAUUGAAGAGGAAAACAAAUCAAUUGAUGAAAAGAGCAAUUCAACAGUGGAGUCCAGUUCUCAUGGCGACAGUCCCGCAGAAGAUGUGGAAGAGAAAGAAAGUAGCUACGAAAAUAAUAAAUCUGCUGCCCAUGUAGAGACUAGAUCGAGCACGCAACUUUCAGGAACAGGUUUAAUUGAAAUGGGGAGCAAAUCAACUGAUGAAAAGAGCAAUUCAACAAUGGAGUCCAGUUCUCAUGGCGAUAGUCCCGGAGAAGAUGUGGAAGAGAGAGAAAGUAUCUACGAAAAUGAUGAACAUGCAGCUGAUAUAAAGGCUGGGCCAAGACGAAUAGGUGGAAGUGUUGAAUUGGUUGAAGUGGGAGAUACAUCGAUGAAAAAAAUGAGCCUUUCAACAGUAUCGUCUUAUCCUGAGAGCGAUAGUGUUGCAGAAGACUUGGAGAAGAAUACAAGCAGCCAGGAAACGGGUUUUCGCGAAAGAGAAAAUGUUUUAUAUGAUUCAAGCGGGGGGAGUCUACAACUGUUCGAGGAGGUUGAAGAAAGUGAGGACGCACCUUCAAUUCCUACUAUGGAAUUUGCGAAAUCCGAGAAUGAAGAAGAACACAGACCUAGUUCCGUGAUCUGUGAGGAGAUCGAGGAUCUAGACAAAAUGAUUGAAACAGAUGAUUUUGAAGAGCUUGGCUUGGAAACAAAUAUGAUGGCAGAGCAAUUCAAAUUAAAUAGUACUUUCUUAGAAAGCAUUUCUGAUCUCCAGUCGAACGGAAAUGGGAAAGCAGAUGCUGGCCCAAAAUCGAAUGGAUUUCAUGAACUUGACAUUUCGAACAUAAGUGUUUCACCAAGCUUAUCAGCGCUAGACAGUGGCAGCAAAGAUUCUACAAUACCUUCGGCUACGCAACAAGGUUCUCCACAACGAGAUAGUGAUGAUUCCGGAGGAACGGAUCCAGUUUCAUUCGAGUCCUCCAAUGAAUCGGAUGGUGUGAAUACUAGCCCCAAGCUUAGUCCAGAAUUAAAGUAUAAGGUCAAAAGUGAGAACGAUCCGACGCGGAAACAUGUAAGAGGUCCCUCCAGCAAUCGUUCUUGUGAGGUCGAAGAACAAAACUCCAUUGUAAAUAAGGUUGACGGUAUCGUUGCUAACAACAAUGUUAGCAAUGAUGGUGACGGUGCCAAUAGUGGUGUAGUGAAUUCCCUCAUACCAGUGGAAUACGGAGGCCCACCUCUAACAGAAAACGAAUCUGAAACAACGUUAUCUUCCUCUGUACCAUCCCCAUCUCCGAUACGAGUAGCACAGUCAGGAGGUUUGGAUCCGCAGCUGAAUGCACCUAGAGGCGGCAAUAGCAAUAAUAACGAUUUGUUUCCAAUUGAGGGUUGGACUGCAACAGGGACAGUGGGAGGUUUGCUGGCAGAUCUAUCUGACUCGACGGCGACAUCUGUUUGCAGUAACGCCGAGAGCAUGACAGGUUCCAUUUCAUCGAUGGAGGUCGCAAGAGCUCCUUCGUAUUUGGAUAUCCCCAUGGCGAACGAAAUUGGCAAACGAAUUGAUAUUCUUAAUUAUGAUGCGGCGAAAUUAGUACCUGAAGAGCUUGAUGAAGAGCAAGGAAUCAUCAAGAAAAGGAUUUCGGCGACGAGACAAAAAAAGCGAGAUCUAGAAGCUGUACGGAAUUCUUUUGUGAGUUCUGGUUCUUGAAGGUGAUCUCUGCGAUCAGAUCAUCUUAUCUAGAUUGCUGAUGAGUGUGUCCUCGUUGUCGUCAUCUAUUUCGGGGGAAAUAGUAAAAUCGGACGAGCUUCCGCUACCUCAUAGCAAUUCUUUAAUUUUAUUCAGAUACAAAAGUCAUUGUUGUGUGCAGUAAUUGUAAUAGUUUGAUGAGAAUGUAUGCAGUUUUCUAUGCAGUCAAAAGCACUGCUACAAAAUAGAAAGCCUGAUGGAUU